CUCCUCCUCUCUCGCUCAUGAGCUUCCACUCUCUCUCCCUCUUUCUCGCUCUCACUCACUCUCUUCAAUGACAUGGGGAUAAAAGAAUUUAGGGUUUCUUGAGUUCUUGCUCUCUCUCACUGUCCCUCUGGUGAUUUUUUAUUGCAGCUUUCUUUCUUUCUUUUUCUUCCCCCGUCGUUCUUGUUGUUGGGCAUAGCAAGAAAGGAGAGAGAUGGGAAGAGGGAGGGUUCAGCUGAAGAGGAUCGAGAACAAGAUCAGUAGGCAAGUGACUUUCUCGAAGCGACGGACUGGGUUGCUCAAGAAAGCCCACGAGAUCUCCGUUCUGUGUGACGCCGAUGUCGCUCUCAUCGUCUUCUCCACCAAAGGGAAGCUCUUCGAGUUUUCCACUGACUCUUGCAUGGAAAGCAUCUUGGAGAGGUAUGACAGAUACACAUAUGCGGAGCGACAGCUAGUGGCCACUGAUUCCCAUCAAGUGCAGGGAAGUUGGUCGCUUGAAUAUCCCAAGCUCGUGGCUAGGAUUGAAGUCUUGCAGAGGAAUAUAAGAAACUUGUCUGGAGAAGAGCUUGAUCCCUUGAGUCUGAGAGAGCUGCAGUAUUUGGAGCAGCAGCUUGAUACAGCUCUGAAGCGCAUCAGGACCAAAAAGAACCAGCUCAUGCACGAGUCGAUCUCUCAGCUGCAAAAGAAGGAGAAAGCCCUACAGGAGCAGAACAACAUGCUCUCAAAAAAGAUCAAAGAAAAUGAGAAGGUAACGAGAGAGAGUGGGCAAUGGGAGGAGCAAACCCUAGCACCGACCACAUCCUCCUUCAUGCUACAACCCACUUUGCCUCUUCCUUCCCUCACCAUUGGCAACACGUUCCAGACGAGGCAGGUACUUGGAGGAGCAGAACAAGAGGAGAGAUCUCAAGCCCGGCUAGCCAACACGCUCAUGCCGCCUUGGAUGAUACGCCGUUCGAACGAAUAGAGAUUCUCCUGGACAUCAGCUUUUGCAGCCAAAAGCCUUUUUCACUUCACUACAAGGUUAUGUUACAGCUCGAGUUUUAACUCGCUGCUUCCUAUAUAUGACCCUCUAUAAUCGGUGUAAAGUUCUUGAUGUCGGAACCACUCCUUCAUUAUAAGAAAGUAAUUGGGUAUCCAAA